CAUGCAUACAAAGUGUACUUCCUGCCGCCGUUUGUUUCUCAUCUCCAGCCAGCCAAAUAUAUCUCUCUCCGUGUGCUUGUCAAUAACUUCAUUCUUCCCCUUCAACCUCAUUCAUGAUUUGACUCAGAUGCCUUUAGAGCACCCCGACAUCGACGACAACGACGACAACGGCGACAACGACGGAGACGGCAUGUCUCACCGCGCCACGGCCACCAAUACUCCGCCCCAGCUGCAAUUUCAACCAUCUCCACCACCAACAGCACCACCACAACCCAAGUCCGGCGCCGCGCCCAUGCAUAUGCUAUUUAUGGAUCCGCCAACAGCGUCGCAUCGCGACGAAAACCGGGAGCCAACGGCAGCAUCGCCCAUUGCCGCGCCUCUCACCACCAGCGGCUUCCUCAGCAAUCCCAAUACCACCGUCCGGACCCUCUUCAGCAGAUCCACGCACCGCAGCUACGACCCCAUUGACGGCAGCCACCGCGACGCCGACGGCUUCAGCGCCAACACCAGCCCGCUCCUGACAACCAGCGAGGGCAGCAAGGGGUACGACUUAGCCAGCUUCAGGCGGAGAUUACACAUCGACACCACCACCAGCCCCGCACGCUUCGAGAUCGACGACAACGACGACGCGGUCACGGCGGGCACCGCGUUACUACACGAACCAGUCGUUAGGAGGGCGAGCACGCGCGCUGUCCGUGUCCGACAUCCUACACCGGGACUACAGACGCUACAGGGGGCGUAUACAGCGAACGUGGUGCAGUUAGAGCGGUCGGCGGAGAAACUCAGCAUGACGUCCAGCAUUGGGGACUCGAUCCGCAAUGCGUACGAGGAGGUGAAGAAGUUGGAUAGCAGGAUGAACUCGCUCCGCCAGUCGUCGCUGAUGAGCCUCGUCACCGACAUCCCGUACGAGGGCGUGUCAACAUCGACACAGCUCACGAGCGCGGUGGAGGUUGCGAGCCCGACGUUUCCGACACGGGAUACCAGCUCUUCGCAUUCGACGACCUCGACUUCGAUCCUGGAUGUGAAUAACGCGACGAGAUCGGGGGGUUAUUCGCCAGGGGGUGCGGUUAUACUUGGUGUGAGGCCGAGGGCGGACUCGAAGACGUCAAAGUAUGGGACACGACCGGAGCCAGAGAUGGAGGGGCGGCAGCUGAGUGAGUUUGUGUCUUCGCGAAACAACUCAUACCUGUCGUCGCGGAACGUCUCGGGGGCACCGUCGAUCGCGGAGAAGGAGGAGGAAGCAGCAGUCAGGAGGCCGUUGGCUGUCAGGAACCUGUCGGCUGAUGAUAUUGAUGUUGAUGAGGAGAAGACGGAUAUAGGACUGAAUAAGAUUGUCCCAGACGACUCACAGUCGAAGAUGGAACAGGCACAGGAGCUAUUCGACGACUUCGAUGGGCAGCAUUAUGCGAAUAUGGCUGGACCAUCUGCUCCCCCCCCACCUCCGCCUCUAGCAACGGAACCAAGGCCGGAUAUCCAAAAACGAAGGGAUUCAUCUGCAAAUACUCUGUCGAUGGCAAGACCUAAAUCAUAUGCCGAUCCGCUCACAGGACAGCAGAUGGUAUUCUACCCUGCGCCCGUCCCAUCAAUGCUCAUGCUCCCCCAAAAGCUCUCCAACCGCCCCUCCCCAGCCAAGAGAGAAAAACGCCGCACCCAAGCCUUCAGCAGCCUCCCCCCACUAGCCCUCCAAUCCGCACCGUGGCUCCAAGACGUCGUCGAAGGCCAAACCGAACAUCCCGAACAAGUCCCCGACGAAGUCCUCGAUGCCGAAUACCUCGCCCAGCACCACAAGCAAAAAGUCGGCGGCCGCCGCUCCACCCAAGACCUCCUCCACAUGCCCGAACACCUCCGCGCAAACGAGUACUUCGAGCAGCCACAACCCAACCAACUCGUCGAGAUCAAAGAACAAUCCGCCGUCGCGACACUCGACAACAUCCUCGACGCCUCCGCCUACGCUCCCGUCUCCGCCUUCACGGAUCACACCUACGCGGGGCGCCUCGGCGCAGAAGUCUACGGCGCCCACGACCCCCGCAGCACGCGCACCAAGAGCCAGCUCGUCGUCCCCGAAGCGCCCAAGAAACGCGUAUCCUCCUUCUUCGGCCUCGGUCUCGGCGGCGGCGAUAAGAGCGACCGCGCCCGCAGCUCGACUGUAACUAGCAUGCUCGGCCUCGACAAAACACCCUCCUACACCGCCGUCGCCGAGGAUGCCCACUCCCCCUGCCUCCCCCCCUCCCCCUCCAACGGCCUCGACGGCGACGGAUUCGACGGCGACGCCGACCCCUCCGCCCCCCCUUUCCCCCGCGAGCGCGACCACGACGACGCCUACAUCGGCGCCCCCACCACCCUCCUCGCCGAGUUGCAACUACGCAAACAACACGCCAAAACACGCACCCAACACCCAGCCCAGCUAGCCGGCUCGCGCUCCACCCUCCUCGAACUCGACGCCGUCGCGCUGGUCGAAUCGAAAGCCCGGCAACAAAAACGCGUCACCCUCGCCUGGCAGGACCCGCACCCUGAAGAGGAGGAGGGGGACGAUGAUGUGCCCCUGGGGGUCCUGUUCCCCGGGCAAGCGCUGCAGCAGCUGGAUCGCGCGGCGAGGCCGAUGGGGUUGAUGGAGCGGAGGGAGUUGGAGGAUAAUGAACCGCUUAGUCAGCGACGGGAGAGGCUGCUUGGGAAAGGGGGGUUGCAGCGUGAACCACUCCGUCGGCAUACACCUGAGCCUGGGAAUGCGACUCCUGAGCAGGCGGCGGAGGACGCGAAUCCCCUCCCCAAUGCAAGGCCGGUGAGCGGAGCGUUCUCGCUGGAACUGCUGAAUCAGUUUGGUGAUCCGUCAUCCCCGGACGUGGCACCGGAGGGAGAGGAAGAAGAAGAAACCCUCGGACAACGCCGCCGUCGUCUCCUCGCCGAGCGCGAAGCCGCUGCUGCCUCCGCCGCCGGGGCACGACCAGCACCAAAGCAGCGCCGCAGCAUGGCCGACAUCCUCUCCGCCCACCCCGCCGCCAGUCGGGGCGAGUACCCCCAUCUCGCUGAGCACCUCCAACAACAACAGCAGCAGCAGCAGCAGCGCGGCGCGGGGCAUCGGCAAUCAGUCUUCGCCGCACCGCCGGUGUACCCUGAGAUGGGAAUGAACUACCAAAACCAGGUCGGUGGCGGGAUGGGGAGCGGGAUGACUGGCCGCGAGAUGCUGGAGCAAAUGAAAGCUAUUCGUGCUAGACAGGCGCAGCAGGGGGGGUGGGGAGGGCAGGUGAUGUGGCAGGGGGGGAUGGGGGGGAUGCAGCAGCAGCAGCAGGGGGGGGUGGAUAUGGUGGAGAGGUGGAGGAGGAGUGUUAUGCUUCCUGGGGCGUAG